UGCCGGUGCUUUUAUUGGGGUUUGUUUAAUUUAUUCAAUUCGAUUCCAAGUAGUACAACAGAACUGCAAUAAUGGCCGACGACGAGCAGGAUGACCAGAAGGAGUAUCGCUGGGAGACGGGCUACGAAAAGACAUGGGAGGCGAUCAAAGACGACGAGGACGGCCAGCUGGAUGGAGCCAUUGCGGAGAUCAUUCAGAAGGCAAAGCGCCAGCGGCAGGCUCAAAAGACCAAGCAGAACCGCCUGGGCAUGAUGCGGCACCUGUUCCUCGUGCUGGACUGCUCUGAGUCCAUGAGCGUGCCGGACCUGAAGCCUACGCGACUGCGCUGCACCGUGAAGCUGCUGGAGCUGUUCAUCGAGGAGUUCUUCGACCAGAACCCCAUCAGUCAGCUGGGCAUCAUAGCUCUGAAGGCCAAGCGGGCGGAGAAGGUGACCGAGCUCACCGGGACGUCGCGCGUUCACCUCAAGGCGCUAGAGGGCUUGGCAAACGUCUCCCUGACCAGCGAACCGUCGCUGCAGAACGGCCUGGAUCUAGCGUUGAAAACGCUGAAGGUUGUCCCCUCCCACGCAUCACGCGAGAUCGUCAUUAUAAUGGGUUCGCUAACCACCUGCGAUCCAGUGGACAUCAACCUCACCAUCGACGAGCUGAAGAAGGAGGGCAUUCGUUGCUCGGUAAUCUCCUUGUCGGCCGAGGUUCACGUGGCCCGCUACCUCACACAGCAGACGAUGGGUACUUUUGGGGCUGUUCUGGAUGACGCCCAUUUUCGCGACCAGCUUAUGUCCCAGGUGGAUCCACCGCCCGCCGCAAAGACCCAGCACUAUUCGCUUAUUCGUAUGGGUUUUCCUCACACCAAAAACGAGGUGGAGGGCAAGGACGCGCCGCUGUCCAUGUGCAUGUGCCACAUAGGAAACCUGGAGGAGCCCAGCGAACUGUGCACCACUGGUCACCAUUGCCCGCAGUGCAACAGCAAAUACUGCGAGCUCCCCGUCGAGUGUCAGUCCUGCGGACUCACCCUAGUCUCGGCGCCGCACCUGGCGCGGUCCUAUCACCACCUGUUCCCGGUGCCUAAUUUUGAGGAACUCCCGUUCGAGGCAAUGCCGCCCUCCUCCUCAGACCGCGACAGCGGGGUCAGGGAGUGCUACGCCUGCUUCAAGGCCCUCGGGCAGGUAACAGACAAGGUCGCCGAUAAAGUCGUCUAUAGAUGCGGAUUCUGCAAACAGUUCUUCUGCGUCGACUGCGACGUCUUCAUCCACGAGACCCUACACGCCUGCGUGGGAUGCAACACGAUUCCUGGCGUGGACGGCCUGGUCUAUCAGCAGAACGCCAAGUCCGACCAGGAUGAUGCGCACCCGGGGACUUCCAAGCAGCGCGCCCAGUUCGGCAUGUAACUGACUUUCUGUAGAUAGAUAUAAGAAACUCCAACUACGCAUUUAGGGCAAAACCAAUACAGUUCAAUUCGUACCGGUGUACGUGAGUUGUAUCAAUUAA